AUGAAGUACAAUCUCGCACUCGCUGCCUUGGCUACCGCCGUCGCUGCCUCGGACCACCCUCUUCUUGCUCGCCAGACCGACAACGCCGCAGAUUACAUCCAAGAAGUCUGUUUCCCCAACACCACUUCGCCAGUUCCUCCCUGCCAGGCCAUCAUCAACAUCGAGUCCGCAUGCCAGCCCAACGGCACCACUCCUCUGGCCUACCAAGCCCACCAACAAUGCAUGUGCAAUGGUGGCUACUUCCCCAACUGGCGCGGCUGCCUGAACUGCCAAUACGUCCACGGCACCCGCAGUGAAGCUGUCGCCAAAGCAAACGAGAACAUCAUCUCUUCUGCCUCAUCACAGUUCUGCGGUACUGCUACACCUACAGCAGUAUUUGCAAGCUACUUCGCUGCCGUCUCGGAUGCUAGCCCUCAGACUGCUAGCGGUGCUGCCACUACUGUUAGUGAUCAGUAUCCUAGCCAGAGUGCUGUAAGCCUUUACUACACUGCCACUGGUAACCAAGGUCCUGGCGCUAUCACUGGUAGUGCAGCCCAAGCUACCGCUGCGGUGUCUGCCAGUGCUGCUGCUUCGGGAUCGAGCAGUGGAUCUUUGGCUGCCAGUGCAGCCACUAGCGCUACCACUACAAGCAGAGCUUCGUCUACUGGCUCAAGCAGUAGUGCUAGACAGUCAAGCAGCUCGGCACACUCCUCGAGCACUGGCUCUCAGACUGGCUCUUCGACCGCAGCUUCUUCGUCGGCAGCUGCUCACACUGGUGCUGCCAACGCUGUCGUUGUCAGCGAGGGACUACUUGCUGUUGUUGCCGGAGCCAUGAUGCUCAUGUAA